AUUGAAAGCUGUGCAUAUUUAAAUUAGGUCCCCAGAUGUUAAACCCACUUAAAAAAGCUUAGGCUUGACUUUUCCCAGGUGUAAUCAGAUAAACGUAUUGAAUUCUAAAUUAAAGCCCGCCAAAAGCUCCGAUAACGAUUGUUCGAUAGGUUUAAGUCACAGUUCCCCAAAAACCCGAUUAUAACAGUCACAGUUAAAAAAAAAAAUCAAAAAGUCUCUAGUAAAAUGUUUUGUAUAAAAAAAAAAGUUAAUAUACUGAAUAAAGUUUAUUGUGUUGCCAAACAAUUAAAUUUUUGACUGAUCCGAUUAUAAUCUACUUUAUAAGAACCCGUGACAUAUCGCAAAUUGCCCAUCGCCAACUGACACUGUAACCUCAAAAAAUGUUUUGUUUACUUUUGCGGCGAUCCGCAGUUCAUAAUUCCUGCAAAUUAAUUAGUAAACAGAUAGCCAAGCCCGCGUUUUGCACACCCCGAAAUGCUCUUCACAUCACAAUACCACGGCGGCAUGGCGAGUUCGAAUGGCAGGAUCCCAAAUCCCCGGAGGAAAUCGUAAACAUCACGUAUGUGGACAAGGAUGGAAAACGCACCAAGGUGCAGGGCAAAGUGGGCGACAAUGUCUUGUACUUGGCCCAUCGCCAUGGCAUCGAAAUGGAGGGCGCCUGUGAGGCUUCGCUGGCCUGCACCACCUGCCACGUUUAUGUCCACUACGAUUUCCUCCAGAAGCUAAAUGAGGCCGAGGAAAAGGAGGACGACCUGCUGGACAUGGCGCCAUUCCUGCGCGAGAAUUCCCGUCUCGGUUGCCAGAUUCUACUGGACAAGAGCAUGGACGGCAUGGAACUGGAGCUGCCGAAGGCCACCAGGAAUUUCUACGUGGAUGGGCACAAGCCCAAGCCCCACUAACACCAUUGUUAUCAGAUAUUAUUAAUUAUAACGACUGUUGAAAUACCA